AUGCGCCCCAUCAACGAACCCAGCAUCCCUCAUAACACAUCUCUCCCGACCAAAGCUCUCGAUCUCCCCCGCCAUCUUAAAGGCGUCACUCCGCGCCAUAUCGAACUCGCAUUCACCAAGUGCGGCGUCGCAGCAGCCAGAAUUGUCAUUUCCUUGAAUGCGCUCAACAAGCGCAGACAGUCGCGUUUCGAGGCGCUGUGUCCAACAGAUGACGCCAUCCGAUUGACCCGCCAUUGCAAUGCCGUCAAUCGCCUCACAGCCUGGAGAGAAGACUACGAUAUUCGCAGUCCAACCUUUGCGCCAACACCAAAGCUCACACGAAUAGACCUGGCAGGUCUUUAUGUCAGUCGAACCGCAUACGAGGAGUGGGCAGAAGCGUACCGAAGCGAUCUAGUUCUUUACAUCGACGGGCAAUUUGCAGAAUACCGCAGGUUAAAAGAGGAAUUUCUAUUAGAAGUUCAGGCGGCGCGAACAUUCGAUAUGGACGAAGAGGACUCGAGGAUUCUGGAAUGGCUUUUUCUCAGCGAGAUGGAGAGGUGGGAGCCCUGCGUCAAGAAGUUACAGCUUCCUUCUUAUGAUGAGCUGCUCGACGAGGUGUUUCGUGCUAUUCGGGGCUGGGUUGAUGGGGCAGAGGAGUUACUUGCAGAAGUUCAGGACACCCACGGUGUUAAUUUGUGA